AUGGGAUACUUAUGCGGCACAACCGGCCAUACCUGCUCCUCUGGCGAUUGGCGACAAGCCUAUGCCGGCUUCCUCGUGCAGUAUGUCAAGUACUACCAGCAAGCCGGGCUCAACAUUACCCACCUAGGCUUCCUUAACGAGCCCGACUUCUCCCCUGGAUACUCUCAGGUGCAAAUAAGCUUCAAUGCCCAGGAGUCCACCUCUUUCAUCCCCACUCUGUCCAAAGCCGUUCAAUCUGCCGGUCUCAAGACCGCAGUCACUUGCUGUGAUGCUUUCGGCUGGGCUUCAACCGUCAAAUACACCAACGCUCUCGUUGCCGCUGGUAUGGAAUCCUACUUGGGUCUAAUCACCUCACUCACCUACUCAGGCGACGCCAACACCGCUCUCAACACUGAGCUGUCUUCUUGGGUCACCGAAUCUGGCAUCACGACAGCCUUUGACCUGGCCUGGUUCAAGAAUGGAGGCGCCACAGAGGGCAUGACCUGGGCCAACAAGAUUGCCUACGAUUCCCACCUCGUCGAUACGCAGGAUGGUAAGACCGCGACGCCGUCGGCUAACUUCUGGGCAUUCGCCAUGUGGUCGCGGCACAUCCGGCCCGGCGCGCAGAUAUUACAAACGUCGGGCAUGGUGGCAUCCGACGUCUUGACCACAGCAGUCAAAAACAAAGAUGGGUCUAUUGUGAUCAUCUCCACAAACAAUGGCAGCGCUGCUAAGGCUGCCAACGUCUCACUCAAGGGGUUCACUCCCAAGGCUGCAAGCGCAUGGGUCACUGACAACAGCCACAAGCCCGCUUCCACGACGGCCAGCAUCUCGGGCUCAGGGGUAUCCGUCGCUGUUCCUUCUAAGGACGUCGUCACUGUUAAGUUAACUUGA